AUGACUUCACCACAAGUCGUAGUCAACGAGUUGUUGGCAUUUAUUCAAAAUGCCACCGUGACUUUGGAUGAGACCAGCAUCGUGCAGAUCUGCAAGUCCAGCUUCCAGGAGGAGGACAUAUGUAGUGGCAAGGCGCUGCUCUACCAGACGCUCGGCAAAGCCGACGAAAUGCCAUCACGACGAAGAGAUGGAGGCGUGAAGAGUCUACGGGACAUCAUCUCGGUGUUCAAGGGGACCGAUUCAUCAAACAUGCCAUCUUUCGUGGCGAAGAACCUACAUCGGCUACCUGUCGUCUCGUUGGACCAUGUUGACGUUUCCAGGCUGCUAAAGGAUAUAAUUUUCCUGAAGGACAGUCUGGCUGAAAUGCAGGCUAAGUUGGAGGUAUCGAAUAAUACCAUCAGUGAACUACGUUCCGAAUUAGCGUUAAUACGUAGUGCUAGUUCGGAAUGUAGGUCAGAUAACUCUAGCAUAGCCGUGUGUCACGUUGCGCGGAAUGCGUCCAUCGGCGGUUUCGAGUCCGCGAAUUUGGAUGCGUCGGCGAUUGCUGAGCAGGCGACCGCCGACCCGCGCCCCGCCGCCCGCCCGUCUACGUCACCGGAGACGCGCACGUCACGCGAGAGUACGUUGACCCCAAAACGUUCCUAUGCUGCCACCGCCGCUAAGCCGCCUGCUGUGUCCAAGUCUAAGCAGCGGCCGAAGAAAGGGGUACAGAGCCUUCGUGAACCUGUUCACAAGGAUCGGUCACAGCUGACUCUUAAAGAGUCGGGAUGCGACAGAGAUGGCUUCAAGAAGGUGGAGAGGAGAAAGAAGUCAGCUCGUCCGAAUCAGUGCGGUACCGCACCGACUGGACCUAACCAUUUGCUGCGUCCCGCAACACCGACGACGCUGCUGUAUGUGUCCCGAUUACACUACCUUACGAAGGUCGAGGAGAUCGUGAAGUAUGUGGAAGAUGCCAUGAAGCUGCCGACGCUGAUAAGCUGCAUAGGGGACACCGCGUAUGAGCUGAUGGUCAACCUGUGCAGCCCGAAGAAACCGUGUGAUUGCAAGUACGACGAAGUUAUUAAAGUAAUGGCUAAUUAUUUACAACCGAAACCGUCGGUAGUCGCCGAAAGAUUCAAAUUUCGUCAAUGUCGGUAA